AUUCCUCCUGUUGAUAGAGGGGGGAGACCUCAUGCACGUAUAAUGUGCGAAAUCGGUGGGUCACAAAGUUGUGAUGACUUGAAGGCGAAGUGUGAGCGUUGGAUGCGCCAAGAAUAUGUAAGAUGCAUAUUGGGCAUCAAAAUUUAUAGAAAACAUGUCACACGAACUGCUACUAGGCAAUUUGACCGGUGUAUGAUCGCUAUGCUCUGGUCACGCCAGGCAGUACCAACACACAGGCAAGUAGCAGUAGCUGGGCAACCCGGUGUAUUUGUAGAAGAG